UCAUGUGGUUUCGAAAGUUAAGAGCUUCGCGGCCCGUUCCUCAGAGGCCUGAGCUGGGUCCGGCCAUCAUUGUUGAUGGAGCAAUCGCCCAUGUCGAGGAUAGUAUUAUCGUCGCCAAAAGUAAUUCAAGAAAGAGAGGCUUCAUCGACUGGAUGUGGACUCUUAGUGGAAGGAAUCAACAGCAGCACGAAACGCCAGAUCCCGGCGGAGAACUCCAGACAAUGCUUCCCAGUACGACUGAUAUGCUGAAUUCGGGGGAAGUAUGCUUCCUAGCCGAGAGCCCGUUCAGGAUACUGAGGGCUGCUGAAAGCGGAAAUGUCGAUGACUUCAUGCGAUUGUACCUCAGUGAGCCUUCUCGUCUUGCUGUGCGCGAUGGAAGGGGUCGUACAGCUGCACAUCAAGCCUCUGCUCGAAACAACACUAAUAUAUUGCAUUUCAUCAAUAACUACGCUGGAGACCUUAACGCUAAGGAUAACGCCGGGAACACACCGCUCCACGUGGCUGUCGAGAAUGAAGCCCUCGACGCUAUAGAGUAUUUGUUGCAGCAACACGUCGAAACUUCUGUCCUCAACGAGAAGUGUCAAGCUCCAAUACACAUGGCAACUGAACUAAAUAAGGUAUCCGUACUUCAAGUGUUUGCGAAGUACAAGUCCUUGUUCAACGUCAACCAAGGUGGCGAACACGGCAGAACGGCUCUUCAUUUCGCUGCAAUACACGACCACGAUCUCUGCGCCAAAAUAUUGAUAACCGAUCUGGACGCUGAAUGGAAGAAGCCUUGCAACAACGGUUACUAUCCCAUUCACGAGGCGGCAAAAAAUGCUUCAUCAAGGACUAUAGAAGUGUUCCUGCAGUGGGGCGAACAAAGAGGGUGUACUAGGGAGCAAAUGAUUUCCCUUUACGACAACGAAGGCAACGUCCCUUUACACUCAGCCGUUCAUGGAGGUGAUAUCAAGGCCGUAGAGCUGUGUCUUCGAUCCGGAGCAAAAAUAUCCACACAGCAACAUGAUCUGUCAACACCUGUGCACUUAGCUUGCGCUCAAGGAGCACUCGACAUCGUGAAGUUAAUGUUUACUAUGCAACCAAAAGAGAAGCAUGCGUGUCUGACAUCCUGUGACGUACAGAAAAUGACGCCUAUUCAUUGUGCCGCCAUGUUCGACCACCCGGAGAUCGUAAACUAUUUAAUCAACGAAGGCUCUGAUAUCAACCCUCUGGAUAAGGAGCGAAGGUCCCCUUUACUUUUGGCUGCAUCUAGGGCGGGAUGGCGUACGGUUCACACUUUGAUACGCUUGGGUGCUGACAUACAACUAAAGGACAUAAACAGUCGCAACGUGUUGCAUCUGGUCGUCAUGAAUGGUGGUCGCCUAGAGGAUUUCGCUGCGAGCUGCAAGGAUCACUGCGAGAAAAGUCUCUUACAACUGUUGAACGAAAAAGACAACACCGGGUGCUCGCCACUACACUACGCGAGUCGUGAAGGUCACAUCAGGUCUUUGGAGAACUUGAUACGCUUGGGAGCUUGCAUCAAUCUCAAGAACAAUAACAAUGAGAGUCCAUUGCAUUUCGCUGCAAGAUACGGACGCUUUCACACCGCCUGUCAACUCCUCGAUUCUGAUAAAGGCACUUUCAUUAUCAAUGAGAGUGACGGCGAAGGCCUAACUCCUUUACAUAUAGCUUCACGCGAAGGACAUACAAGAGUCGUGCACUUAUUAUUAAACCGCGGGGCCUUGCUUCAUCGAGAUCAUAAUGGAAGAAACCCUUUGCAUCUGGCCGCUAUGAGUGGAUAUACAAAAACCAUUGAACUGUUGCAUUCUGUUCAUUCUCAUUUGUUGGACCAGAUUGAUAAGGAUGGGAAUACUUCUCUUCAUUUGGCCACAAUGGAGAAUAAGCCGUCGUCCAUUGCUUUGCUAUUGUCUAUGGGCUGUCGACUAAGCUAUAAUAAUAUGGAUAUGAGCGCAAUAGAUUACGCUAUAUACUACAAGUUCCCUGAAGCCGCUCUUGCUAUGGUCACUCAUGAGCAAAGAGCCAAAGAAGUUAUGGCCUUACGUUCAGAUCGCCAUCCUUGCGUGACCUUGGCUCUCAUCGCCUACAUGCCGCGAGUCUUUGAAGCUGUACAAGAUAAGUGCAUUACCAAAGCCAACUGCAAGAAGGAUUCAAAAAGCUUCUAUAUCAAGUACAGCUUCGAGGCGCUCUGCCCUCAAUUGAUGGACGAGGACGGAACUAGGAAAUCUCAACAGGCCCAGCAAAUACCUUUACCGGCUCUCAACAUUAAGUAUUCGUUCAAAUACUACCAGAAAUCCAAGCAUGAAAUCGAAGCGCUAAGACUGGCGCACAAUGACCCAAAAUAUCGUCCAGAACCGUUGAGUGUUAUCAACGCGAUGGUAGCACACGGGCGUGUAGAGCUAUUGGCGCAUCCCUUGAGCCAAAAAUACCUGCAAAUGAAGUGGAAUUCCUAUGGAAAAUACUUUCAUCUCGUGAAUGUGCUGUUCUAUUGUAUUUUCCUGAUCUUCGUCACUGUGUAUUCAUAUCUUCUGAUGGAGCACGUGAAUCCAAUAAAUAAAAGGGAAAGGAGUCGGGUUGGUGAUGUCUAUUACAAUUACACCGCUACAAAUCGAACACAAACAAACUGGGAUAUUGAUGCAGAUUUCGAAGCCAUCUUAAUUAUGUAUACAAGCUCUGUGGUUAUUAUGGUUUAUAUUUCCGUCUGUAUGAUGCGGGAAGCAUAUAAUUUAAAGCAGCAAAAAUGGCAUUACAUAGUGGACCCAUCUAACCUUGUAUCUUGGACAUUGUAUAUUAGUGCCACUAUAACAGUAUUUCCAACUCUCUAUGGACAUUAUAGUAAUUAUCAGUUCUCAGCGGCAUCGAUAACCGUAUUCCUGUCUUGGUUCGAACUGUUAUUGCUGCUCCAACGUUUCGAUCAAGUCGGGAUCUACGUUGUGAUGUUUCUCGAAAUACUCCAGACUCUCAUCAAAGUGUUGAUGGUUUUCUCCAUUCUGAUCAUCGCGUUCGGCCUGGCCUUUUACAUUUUGCUCUCUAAAGGGAAUCACCUUUCUUUCAGCAACAUCCCUAUUGCUUUGAUGAGAACAUUCGCUAUGAUGCUUGGUGAAUUAGAUUUUGUCGGAACUUAUGUGCAGCCCUACUACAAGGAUGACUCUGAUAUAAUUCUGCCUUUCCCGAUACCGACGUUCAUAAUCCUUGCUCUGUUCAUGAUUUUGAUGCCCAUACUUCUAAUGAACUUGCUUAUUGGUUUGGCCGUUGGUGAUAUUGAGAGUGUUAGGAGAAACGCUCAGCUGAAACGGCUGGCUAUGCAGGUCGUCUUACAUACCGAACUUGAAAGAAAACUACCAGCAUUCCUAUUGGAGAAAGUCGACAAACUAGAACUGAUCGAAUACCCAAAUAAUAAGAAAUGUAAACUCGGAUUUUUGGAUUUAAUCUUGCAUAAAUGGUUUUGUAAUCCUUUCACAGAAGAUACUGGCUUGGACUUAGUUUUGGAGAACAACGACGAUUACGUAACGGAACAAAUGGAAAAGCAGAAGCGUAAAUUCCGUGAGAUGCAGAAUGUAUUGGACCAACAAUAUUUACUACUCCGGCUAAUUGUGCAGAAAAUGGAAAUCAAAACCGAAGCCGACGAUGUGGACGAAGGCGUAUCGCCGAAUGACACUAAAGUGGUUCCCCGCUGGAGCUCUCAUAGGAACCGCAAGAAGUUGCAUUCGGCCCGAGCUGCUUCAUUUAACAAGUCGACCUGAUUUGCGCAUCUUUUUAGUUUCAAAUUGAAAUAGAGAUAUUUCUCAUUCAUCACAACACGUAGCUCUGAGAUUUCUAAUUUUUUUUUUAUUGGGUCACACACGAUUUGGCGGCGUGAAAAAUCGCAGUUUAAGCCUUUAUUGCUCUCCAGUCACUCCGCAAUCACGGCCUUAAGCACCCGGUACCGGACACUUUAGAACGUCCUAAAAUCACCUCCCUCAAAUUAGACUUGCGGUACAAACAACAAUAUAAGCUGUAAAAUAUAAGUGUGAUUCCACAAAUGAAUAUACGACGUAGUCUGGCCCGACAAGACUUUAUUGAUUAAACACGCAACCGACAUCUUCAACAUUGGUAUCAACAUACAUCAACUUCAACUUCAACAUUGUCUAUUCAUUAAAGCUUGUAGAUAGCACAACAUGAAUCCCACCAUAUAUCUCGAGUGCUAAAAUCUAAUGGUUAAUGAUUUGUGGCUUUGUGUGCUGUGUGCUAGUGUUGUCUAGCUGUGGGAUCUUACAAUAACGUCUUACAGCCAGUAAAAUUUGGGUUUGGUCAUAUUAAUUUUUUAAGUGUUAAUACCGUCGAAAUAGCAUUUUAUAUAUUAUAUGAGAAUAAGAAGUAAAGAUCUUACGUGGUAUUUUUCUGUAUUUCCCCUUUCCAACUACUGUUACUUCUCCUUAAUUUGUCCGUAGUUUUGUUUCCCUACCUAAUCAUUAGUAGCCUAAGGGGCUAUUCUGGCGUUAUGAUUAAAGGUAAGAUCACGGGCCGAAACCUGAAAGGAUUCGCUAAUACUGGCCCUAGUAAGAGCAGUACUUCGCUGAAUCUUCUACCAGAUUGGAUUCGCGACCAUUAGUCGGGCCAUUAUUGUGAAAGACGUGUAAAGAAGAAACAGUAGAUACAACUAGCAUCUACAGCAGCAUACUACAGCUUGGGAUUUUUUUGCUUACCUCAUCUAAGCUUAAUACCUUUUUUGGGAAUUCUCUUUUAAUUCUUUAUUUAAUUUUUGUCUCGUCGCUGUGUGUUUUGUAGUGACUUCCGCUACUAUUGUCCUGCACUAAUGCACGUGUCAUCAGGCUUAACGUAGAUUAAUUAUAAUUAAUAUAAUAUUAAUCACUUGUAUUGGUGUCAAAUUAUUGUUAAGUAUUUAAAGAACUAUUUAUUGUAAUAGAAACGAACUAUACGUACAUUUAUCUAUUUUUAACCGUUACAAUCGGUUCUGAAGCUGCACUGACAUUGCUGAGUUCCUAUUAUAACUCUCCAGACAUAAUAAUCAUAGAAUUUUUAAGCUAUUGCAUAGAUUUUAUCGCGGCCCUUGAACACGGCUUGAGAGCAGAAUCGUGAAAUUCCGUAACGAAAAAAACCUUCCACCCCUCACUACGCCUACUAUGUAGCUCGCGUUCAACACAUUCAUACGUUGCGCUUGUAUAGUGUUUAAAGUAAGAAGUCUAAACACCGAUUUAGGUACUAUCAAAAUAUGUCAUAUAAUUUCAUGGGUAACAACAACGAUAACGCGAUUCAGCUUUUGCGUCAUCUAUCGGCGACAAACGGAAUUUUAAAAUAGAAAAUUAUAUUUUAUUGUUGUUUUAAUAUUAAAUUAUUAUUGUCGAUUUAUAAUUGCAUAACUUGAUAAAAAAUGCUAUGCAAUAGCUUUACCGCGGCAGUCUCCGAGUGCCACAUGUCUUUUUUUUAUUACUUAGAUGGGUGGACGAGCUGACAGCCCAUCUGGUGUUAAAUGGUUACUGGAUCCCAUAGACAUCUACAACGUAAAUACCGCCGCCCAUCUUGAGAUAUUAGUUCUAAGGUCUCAAGUAUAGUUACAACGGCUGCUCUACCCUUCAAACCGAAACGCAUUAAUGCUUCACGGCAGAAAUAGGCAGGAUGGUGGGUACCUACCAGUAAAAAUCAAAUAUUUGAUAUCUACAUGUAAGUGUUACGAUUCCGAAUUUAAUAUUGAAUAUCUGUAUUUAUAUAAUCUGAAAUGAGUAAGUCUAGUAAAGACGUUAAUCGUAAGUUUGUAAGCUUAUGUUGGUGUUUUAAAAAAUAGUUUAUAAGUACCUACUAAUUAUAUGAUGUUUUACAAAGAGUUUAAUGGUAAAUUUUGCUUUCUACGUCGCUUGUCUGCUGAAGUACUCUAAUGAAUUUCAUUUAUUUAACAUUAGUUUUUAUGAUUUUGAAUUAUCAGUAAUAAUUUACAGCGAAAAUUUACAAUCUGACAUUUUCUAAAUUAAAGUUUACAAUAUAUUGAUAUGACUGUUUCGUUUGAAUAAAAGCUAUAAGUGUCGUUGCUAGUCAUUAAAAAUAUAAUGUUAUAACUUAAUUAGUCAUAGGAAUAUUGAAUGUUAGUAGCUAAGUACUAGUACUUAAUCUAGAUUAGAGAUAAGAUAUAGUUUUUCCUAUAUAGAUCUUUAUAAUUAUAAUCAACUAAAAGGUAUAUUUUUUCGGAUUUAAAAACAUAAGGUAAAUAUUCUAUGUUAGUCAAACUUUUUAAAUCUAUCAAUAAAGUUUGACAUUGGUUAAAUUUCGUAUCAUCACAGAAACGUUUUAAUAGUCUCUAUAAACCUACGAAUAAAUAGACUUAUUAUUUAUUCAUAGCUAUAAACUGAAAUCGAAAUCAAAUGUUCAAAGUGAACUUCGAACACUACAAUUAAUAUUUUCGUUAAAUAUUUACUAGUUAUUGGUUUUCACAUAUUAGACAAACAACCAAAAUCGGUAAUAUAUUUUUGUAUGAUAAAAAAAGAAUAAUAUUUUUUUACAUAUUUUAUUAUAUACCUUACAGUUCAAAAUUGUUUUUUUUUUUUAAAUUCAUUUUACUGCAAACAAUAUAAAUUUGUGAAAAACAAUGUUUAUCUUAAUUUGGUUCUCGAAUGACUGAAUCUUAUUUAUUUAAUAAUUUCAAUAAAAUACCUAUACAUUCGUGUUUAAGAGAAAACACGCGCGUUGUAUGUGUAUUUUCAAAACUUCCAUAAGUCGCACUAUGAUAAAAAAAUCUAAUUGAAAAAGUUUUCCUUUUCUCUGUCAACUUAGAAAUGAAUAUUAAUAAGUGAUUUUAAAUGGAAAUUCAGCCCGCGAAUAUAUAAAAGGAUUUACAAGUAUUCACUUAAAAUAUAUAAUAUUUCAUUAUUUGUUUACUAAUUAGACUUGUCGAUGUCAUUUGGUGAAAUAAAUAUAAACCACUA